AUGACCCUCAACGCCCUCCUCGCCCUCGGCCUGGCGCUUCUGCUGUCUGCCGGUGAGAGGAGGGCCUUGUCUUUGAGUCUUACAGCCCUCUCUCCAGAGGCCAAGCCAUGGGAUCAGGAGGUCAAGGAGGAAGAGGAGGCCGCAGACGAGGAGCACUUGGACAACUCUCCCCCCAGCACCCCCGUCCUGCCCGCUGCCCUCUUCUUCCGAGCCAAAUACCAGUGCUCUGCCGUGAUGGUCAGUGAGCGCUGGGUGCUGACCGCUGCCCACUGUCGCCGCCCCCGGUUCUGGGUGCGAGCCGGAUCCCAGCUGCGGUUCUCGGGCCGCCUCUUCCCCCACCCCAACUUCACUUCGGCCGGUCCGAGCGGCCCCCACGAUAACGACCUGAUGCUGCUGCGGCUGUGGAGGCCCCUGCAGGGGGUCGGCCCGCAGCCCCUCGCCCUGCCCUCCGUCUGCCCGGGACCCUGGAGCCGCUGCAGCCUCGCCAGUUGGACCCCCGGCCCCAGGGGGCAGAGAGCUCCUCUGUCUAUUCCGAGCCCCCUGAUCUGCAACAACGAUUGCCGGUCCUUGCUGGGGUCGGGGGUCACGGAGAACAUGCUGUGUGCUGCGCCCCUUUCUGGAAGCCGGGAGACGUGCCAGGGGAAUUCUCCAGGGGAACCCCUUCUCUGCGACGGGCAGCUGUAUGGACUCGUUUCUUGGGGUGGGCAGCCCUGCCCCUCUCCGAAGAGCCCCGGCGUCUUCACCAGCAUCUGCAAAUUCCUGGACUGGAUCCAGGAGACCAUGAGGAACAACUAA